ACAAUCAUGGCGGCGGGCAGCGGUGCGCAUGCGCUAGUGGUCCAUCGAAAUCCCACGGCUGACAUCGGCCCCGGGCAGCGGUUUCUUUCCGGGUCGGACUGCGGCCACUCAUGGGGAAAGAGAGGGGCUGCAAAUGGAAAGAAGCUGGAGCCGGGCAAUGAGGAAAAAGCAGGAGGAAGCGGAGCGUUGCAUCGAGGCGGCACGCAGGUGCUUAAAGUGCGGCGACACAGAGAAGGCCUUGCAGUUCUUGUACUGGGCGCAACAGAGGCACCCGACACAGCGAGCCAAAGCACUAAUUAAUUCAAUAAUUAGAAAUCAAUGUACGGCUGAUUGGACAAAUGCCAAGGAGGUUGAUGAUUCUACUACUAAGUCCAGCAAAUUGAAUAAGUGUGUGAAUGGAAAUACACCUGAAGAUACUAGUGAUGCUGCGAAGAGUUACACGCAAGAGCAGUUUGAAGGAGUCCAGAGGAUAAAAAGAUGCAAGAAUUACUAUGAAAUUUUGGGAGUUGAUAGAAGUGCUGAUGAAGAAGAUUUGAAGAAAUCCUAUAGGAAGCUGGCAUUGAAGUUCCACCCAGAUAAAAACUGUGCCCCUGGAGCCACAGAUGCAUUUAAAGCCAUAGGAAAUGCGUAUGCCAUUUUGAGCAAUCCAGAAAAACGGAAACAAUAUGAUCAACGUAGAGAAGAAUCAACAACCAUCCGCAGUCCUUGCGCUAACAGUUCAAGCUAUUACAGAGAAUUUGAAGCCGAUAUAACACCCGAAGAUGUAUUCAACAUGUUCUUUGGUGGAAGAUUCCCAACAGGUAACAUUCAUGCAUACACGAAUGGAGGGGCAACGUACACCCAUAUUUACCGUCGGCGCCGACAUAUGAAUGAAAGGGCAGAAGAGGAAGAACAGGAAAACAGAAUCCAGGGUACUUAUUCAGCAUUCGUGCAGCUAUUACCAAUCUUUAUAUUAGUUCUGGUGUCACUUGUAGCCCAACUGAUGGUGACCAAUCCUCCUUAUAGUCUUCACUAUAAACCGUCAUUGGGCCACAUUCUGUCUCGAGAAACUGAACAUUUAAAAGUAACAUAUUUUGUUGACAAAGGCUUUGAGAAAGAGUACAGAGGCAAAGCACUGCAAAAUGUGGAAACUGGUGUUGAGAAUGACUAUAUUGAUCACCUUCAAAAGAGCUGCUGGAAGGAAAAACAGCAAAAAACUGAUCUGCUGAACUUGGCGACAUUGUACAGGGACGAACGACUGAAGCAGAAGGCUGAAUCUCUUAAGACAGAGAAUUGUGAAAAAUUGUCCAGACUUAUUGAACUACAGAGGAAAGGAUGACACUAAUUAUACUACCUAGUCUUCUGAGCAUGCCCAGCAUUUUCCUUUUGUUAUGAACCAGCAACAAAAGAAACACACCGAGUCAUGUAUAAGUGGUAAAAAAACUACUUUAUUAAUAACUACUUAUGAUAAUGAGAAAAAUAAAAGUAAAAAUGUUAGAAGUAAAAAUGUUAAAUCUUAAACAUUAACCCCAAAAACUAAACUCGAAGUGUGUGUGUGUGGCAAAUUCCCAAACUCCAAGUCCAGGAAUGGUUCUUAAAGUUCAGUUCAGCAAGCCAUAAGGUGAAACGUGAGCAAAGGCUUCUUCAACAACCACCGUUGACUGAAGAGGAAAUGUAGAUGUAGAGAGAAAAUAGAGAGUAAUUACGAAAUCCAAAUGUUCCACUUUGGAACUCAUACGACACCUCAGUGUCUACUCAGCAGUGACUACUCCACUGCUUCUUUCUCACCCUGAAAGGCGCUCGAAUAGUGGCUGUCCACACAAAUACCUGUUUCCCUCUACAGGUUAACAACAAAGUGGACUCCACUGGAUUAUUCCAAAAAUCUAUACGUGGAUUGUAGUGACAGACACAGUUACUGUUCUUCAUCCAUCGAUAGAGACUAGCAGGCUGGUGUCCCCCCCCCCUCCCCCUUCCCCCCAAAACGUCAUUACGUCCUUUAUCUUCUGUUGUCGUAACCACGCCACACACACACCACUAUGCUCUAUCUUAAAGGGACAUUCACCAAUAGUAACUUAGUCCGUAACACUUUAAUGUUUAGAGUUCCAGCAUCCUUAGUAUUUUGUGUUUUCAGCAGAAUUUUAUUGUGCUGGUAAGGUAUCUUCAUUACCUUGCAUUUAAAUCUGGAUAAUUUUAAUUAAUGCUUCUAAUUCUGUGCCUGCAACUUCAGUUGUAGAAAGUUCUUGGGUGAGCACCUGAAAUGCUUUGACAUGACAACGGGCUUGUAGCUGGGAAGGAGGACUAACCUAAGUAGCUCUAUUUUUGGGGUGGUGUGGACUUGAUGGGCCAAAUAACCAUCACCAUGACAUAAAUUUAUAAUUCUUGUGGUUCCUUAGUAUUAGCUUUCCUAAAACUAUUGUCAAUAUACCGUAAACAUUUUAUUUAUCAUAAACAUUUUGAAACUUUAUUAUUUUGCACAUUUUUUUGGAGAUAGCAUGGAUAUACUGUGAAACUUCUCGAGUUAGAGCUGAAAUGACAAUUGCUGAACCAAUAGUUCAGGCAAUUUUUUUGCCUCCGUAUUUCCAGAAGUGCUGUCGAUGCUGUGCGUUGGCUUUGUACUGCUGAGUAAAUUCAUAAAGCAGAAUUUCUGAAUAAUUGAGAUUUUGAGUAAAUAAAGAACUCUACUCAUUUAAAACAAAAUUAUUGAAGUUAACUUUUUAAAAUCUUGGGGUGGGGGGGUGUAGAUUUGCACAAGCAGUGAGGUUAGAACAUUACUUUUUCCACAUAUAGUAUUAUGCAAGUGUGGUUCCAAGUCUGUAAUUAAAUGAAGGAAUUGUGCAUACUGGUGUUUAUUUAAUUUAUUUAAUUUAUUUAAUUUAAUUUAGACAUUUAUUAAGACAAAUCACAGAAUUGUUUAUAACAUGGCAUGUAACAACAUUUAAAAUUUACAUAAUGAAAUGAGAAAGAAUGCUUUUAUUUGAAUUACUGUGGUACUUUGAGAAGACCAAAUAAUAGUCUGUAUAUCAUCUUACAACUCUGAAACUUUGAACAUGCUUGAAUAAAAUUAUUUUUUAAAGGG